UUACUGAGACACCUUCAAAUCUAAUAACAGGACUGAACACAUGGACAGACAGCAAGUUGUCUUUAAUAUGCACACCGUAAUUCUGGGCUCCUGGAGAGAGUUGUGGACAAGGCCUUGAGAAAAGACAGGCUUCCAGUGGUGGACAUUGAGGUACCUACAUACGAGCUACCAUUACCAGAGGGUGUGGGUGAGGAGAUACUUCACCAAGACAACCUGAGCGCCCGUCAGAUUGAGGAGACGUGGAGAGAACCACUACUCGAGAGUGAGCCCACUAAUCAGUCACAUCUUAAUUAUAAAGACAGUCGUGUUCAUUUGACCUAAGUUAUGGAGAGUGACCUUCACAGUGACCUCUGGGAGUGGAUAGCGGACCAUCUAGCAGCCGAUUGGACGACUGUCACUCAACUCAGGAUGGAGAGAUCCAUCAGAGGAACCAUUUCGCUCCCUCUACACCGCCAGGGAGUUGCUGUCAGGUAUGAGGGCUAAACUGGAUGUCUGUCCUCUCAAACAGCUCGAGGAUUUCACUAUUCUCUCGUGUUUUGUUGGACUGGAAAUGGUCCUACCCCCCACAUAGUAUCACAUGUUGAGCAGUCACGAGGUGGACACGUACGGUAGUAACGAGCACCACUUCAGUCUGGCCCACAAGACUUCCCUCCAUGGCCGCCUGCCCAUCAUACAGUUCCUAGUGGAGAGUGGACUGCCCUCCUCCGCACUGCAGAUACCAGAUGACUCAUUCACCACACCCGCCAUGCUCGCUAUACAGCUGCUCAUGGACUUUGGCUACAGCAUGGUCCACACGGACAGGGAGAACCAGAAGCCGGUGGAUUGGGCCGAUGCUAUGGGUCAGAAUAUCUGUGUCCUCUAUCUCAUGAUGUACGAGACUUGUUGGGCACUCUCUGGAGAACUGACACACAUGGCCGAGCAGCUCGCUAUUGUACAGAAGGAGAAUGGACAGUUACGAGAUGCAUUCUCCAGUCUAGAGAAAGAGCAUGAAUCUGCCGUUACUAAACUGCUGACUAGUCACGAGGAGAGACUGACUAAGAUGAGGGAACAUCACGUCGACCUCAUGGCAUCAAUACUGCACAUGAACCAGGACACUCCGCCCACUGGAGGGGGAGGGGCUACUGCACCAUCAGCCAAUAAGAAAUAAGAACAUGGGUCAAGUGCCUGUGCGGAAGGCGCCCCCUGAACCACCCACUACCCCUCAACGAUCCUCCAAUCGUCCCCCUGUACCCCCGGAUCCUGCCGCUAAGAAGAGGUCGCGAGGGUCAAAGGACAGAGGUCAUGAGGCGGCAGAUAAAGGGGAGGACUAUAAUACCAUUGACUAUCGAAC